UAUAAAAGGGGAGGGAAGGGCUAAAACGAUUUUCAAAGUCCCUCUCACUUUCUCUCUCUAAAACCACUCUGCUUCAAUUUGAAGCUGUCUUUUUUUUAUUUCCAACUCAGUCCUUCCCCCUCUUCUCUCCCUCCCUUUUCUCUCAUAUAUAUUCGGAGGUUUGGUUUAUCGGUGCAAUUGCACUUAGGUUUUAGGUUUUUGGAUCAGUGAGUUUUUGUCCUAGGGUUUUAAUUUUGAAUUCAAGCACGAUCUCUCUCUCUCUCUUCAAUGGCGGCCGACAAGCUCAGAGAUUUAAGUCAGCCAAUGGACGUCGCUUUGCUCGACGCUACUGUUGAUGCUUUUUACGGAACUGGAUCUCAAGAGGAGAGAGCAGCUGCAGAUCAUAUCUUGCGGGAUUUGCAAAAUAAUCCAGACAUGUGGCUUCAAGUGGUUCACAUUUUAUGUAAUACAACGAAUUUGAACACCAAAUUUUUUGCUUUACAGGUUCUAGAAGGUGUUAUCAAGUAUAGAUGGAAUGCUUUACCCGCGGAACAACGAGAUGGCAUGAAAAACUAUAUUUCUGAAGUUAUAGUUAAGCUUUCAAGCGACGAUAUCUCUUUCCGGAGGGAGAGGCUGUAUGUCAAUAAAUUAAAUAUUAUAUUGGUUCAGAUACUGAAGCAUGAGUGGCCAGCUCGGUGGCGGAGCUUCAUCCCUGACUUGGUUGCCGCAGCAAAAACAAGUGAAACCAUCUGCGAGAAUUGCAUGGUUAUUCUGAAACUUCUAAGCGAAGAGGUCUUUGACUUCUCAAGGGGUGAAAUGACUCAACAAAAGAUUAAAGAGUUAAAACAAUCCUUGAACAGUGAAUUCCAGCUCAUUCAUGAGUUGUGCUUAUACGUAUUGUCUGCAUCUCAAAGAGCUGAACUCGUGCGGGCUACCCUUUCCACAUUGCAUGCUUUUCUUUCGUGGAUUCCGCUGGGCUAUAUAUUUGAAUCCAUGCUGCUUGAACUACUACUAAAUUUCUUUCCUGUGACGGCUUACCGCAAUCUCACUCUUCAGUGCCUGACAGAGGUCGCUGCUCUUGCUUUUGGGGAGUAUUACAACAAGCAGUAUGUCAAAAUGUAUAGUAUUUUUAUGGUUCAGUUGCAGGGCAUUGUCCCACCCACUACCAACUUUUUAGAGGCUUAUGCGAAUGGCAACAAUGAAGAGCAGGCAUUUAUCCAGAACUUGGCCCUAUUUUUCACGUCCUUCUACAAGUCUCAUAUCCGAUUACUAGAAUCCUCCCAAGAGAGCAUAAAUGCACUACUAAUGGGUCUUGAGUAUCUCAUAAAUAUCUCAUAUGUGGAUGACACCGAAGUUUUUAAGGUUUGCUUGGACUAUUGGAAUUCUUUAGUUUUGGCGCUGUUUGAAGCUCACCACAAUCUGGACAAUCCUGCUGCAACUGCAAACAUGAUGGGAGUGCAGAUUCACAUCAUUCCAGGAUUGAAUGAUGCACAUAAUUCUCCACUCAUGCAGAGACGUCAACUUUACGCUGGUCCAAUGUCUAAGUUAAGAUUACUGAUGAUCUGCCGCAUGGCAAAGCCAGAAGAGGUUCUCAUUGUAGAGGAUGAAAAUGGAAAUAUAGUUCGUGAAACUAUGAAAGACAAUGAUGUGCUUGUGCAGUAUAAGAUAAUGAGGGAAACAUUGAUUUACUUGGCACAUCUCGAUCACGAGGAUACUGAAAAACAGAUGUUGAAGAAGUUAAGUCAACAACUAAGUGGGGAGGAUUAUACCUGGAACAACCUCAAUACGCUGUGUUGGGCAAUUGGAUCUAUAUCUGGGUCAAUGGUGGAGGAACAGGAAAACAGGUUUUUGGUGAUGGUAAUUCGUGAUUUGUUGAACCUUUGUGAGAUCACCAAAGGAAAGGACAAUAAAGCGGUCAUAGCCAGUAAUAUAAUGUAUGUGGUUGGGCAAUACCCAAGAUUUUUGAGGGCUCACUGGAAGUUCUUGAAAACUGUUGUGAACAAGUUAUUUGAGUUCAUGCACGAAAUUCAUCCAGGAGUUCAGGAUAUGGCAUGCGAUACAUUCUUGAAAAUUGUCCAAAAGUGCAAGCGUAAAUUUGUCACUGUGCAGGUUGGUGAAAACGAGCCAUUUGUAUCAGAACUUCUGACAACUCUUCCAACAACUAUUGCAGAUCUAGAGCCUCAUCAGAUCCACUCCUUCUAUGAAUCUGUAGGUACUAUGAUUCAAGCAGAAUCUGAUGCUAUCAAAAGAGAUGAAUAUUUGCAGAGAUUGAUGCUGCUUCCUAAUCAGAAAUGGGCUGAAAUUAUAGGGCAGGCACGUCAGAGUGUUGAUUUCUUGAAAGAUCCAGAUGUGAUUAGGGCAGUGCUCAAUAUAUUGCAGACGAAUACUAGUGCCGCAACCUCUCUUGGAACAUAUUUUCUGCCACAGAUUUCUCUGAUAUUUCUGGACAUGCUUAAUGUGUACAGAAUGUAUAGUGAGCUUAUAUCCACCAGUAUUGCCCAAGGAGGGCGUUAUGCUUCGAGGACAUCUAUUGUGAAACUUUUACGUUCGGUUAAGAGGGAAACACUAAAGCUCAUUGAGACAUUUCUAGACAAGGCAGAAGGUCAACCACAUAUUGGAAAACAAUUUGUGCCUCCAAUGAUGGACCCUGUGCUUGGCGACUAUGCCAGGAAUUUACCGGAUGCAAGAGAGUCGGAAGUUCUUUCUCUCUUUGCUACAAUCAUAAAUAAGUAUAAGGGCUCAAUGAUUGAAGAUGUUCCUCGGAUAUUUGAAGCUGUUUUCCAGUGUACUCUAGAGAUGAUAACAAAGAAUUUUGAGGACUAUCCUGAGCAUCGACUCAAGUUCUUUUCGUUACUUCGAGCCAUUGCUGCAAAUUGUUUUCCUGCUUUGAUUCACUUGUCAAGCGAGCAACUGAAACUUGUAAUUGAUUCCAUCAUUUGGGCUUUCCGGCAUACUGAACGAAAUAUUGCGGAAACUGGACUUAACCUUUUAAUAGAGAUGCUGAAAAACUUUCAGGCUUCCGAGUUCUGCAAUCAGUUCUUCAGGACUUAUUUUCUGACGAUAGAACAAGAAAUAUUUGCUGUUUUAACCGACACAUUCCACAAGCCUGGUUUUAAAUUGCAUGUACUGGUGUUGCAACACUUGUUCUGCCUGGUGGAAUCCGAUGGCGUGACUGAGCCUCUGUGGGAUGUCGCGACAGUUCCUUAUCCUUAUCCGAAUAAUGGCUUGUUCAUUCGCGAAUACACAAUUAAACUUUUGAGCUCAUCGUUUCCCAACAUGACCACAACUGAGGUAACCCAAUUCGUGAACGGACUUUUUGAGUCAGGACAGGAUCUUCCUUUAUUCAAAAACCAUAUUCGAGACUUUCUUGUGCAAUCAAAAGAAUUUUCAGCUCAGGACAACAAAGAUCUUUAUGCCGAUGAGGCUGCUGUUCAGAGAGAGAAGGAGAGGCAACGCAUGCUGUCAAUUCCCGGACUUAUUGCACCCAACGAGAUACAAGAUGAGAUGCUGGACUCAUGAGUUUGGCAUAUUUUCCUUCUAAAGGCUAGUUUUUGUGGAUUUGUAACUUAAAACAAAAAAAAAAAUUAGGUUUUUGAUGGAGGGUCCAGCCGUUAAAUUUUUCCCAAUUUCAUAUAAUCUGGCUGGAACAUAGUCUCGUGUGAAGUGACGAAGCUAUCCUCGGCUGCUGAAGAAACAACAUGCUGGUUGUAAAGUAGUAAUUUAGUUGUCUGAAUUUAGUAAUGGAUGGGACUGUGUCUAAGCUGAUUGUCAUUGGGAGGUGGUAUUUGUGGUAGGGUCUAAUGUAUACAAACAUUAGUUGAUUGUGCAGAAAAUCCUCUUUUUGCCGAUUAAUUGUUAGGACAGUUUUAAGUAUUUCUGGAUUUUGGAGGAUGGAUUGUUCUUGUUUUGACUAUUGUCUUUGAUCCCAGCAUUAUUAUGCAGGUUUGCUAAGUUAGAGGUUAAUUUGUUUUAAGAGAAUGCAUGUGGUGGAUUUAGCA